AUUGAAUCCAAAUCCGGAAGUCAAAGCAAGGAAGGAAGUGAAGAAGAGAGAAAGGAGCGCCGGAGCUGAGUUCCCACUUGUUGAAGCCAUGGCCGGAGGGGAAGUUUCGUCGACGUCGGGGCAGGUAAUGUUAAUCGAGGAAUGGAACGGCUCGGCCUCGACUAAGCUCUUCAAGACUGCGACUGUCACUGCUUCUUCUUCUUCUUUCUCAAUCGAGAGAUCCGCUAAUAGGUUCGGUCACGUCUGGCGGGGAAUCCUUCAAGCCUUUGUGCCUGAGGGUUUCCCGAGCAGUGUGACGCCAGAUUAUGUCCACUUCCAAGUCUGGGAUUCGUUGCAGGGACUUUCUACUUAUAUAAGAACCAUGCUUUCAACACAAGCAUUGUUAAGUGCAAUUGGGGUCGGUGAGAAAUCUGCCACUGUCAUUGGUGCCACAUUUCAGUGGUUUCUGAGGGACUUAACUGGAAUGCUUGGAGGCAUACUGUUUACAUUUUACCAGGGUUCAAGCCUUGAUAGCAAUGCCAAAAUGUGGCGUUUGGUUGCAGAUCUUAUGAACGAUCUUGGGAUGUUGAUGGACCUCAUAUCACCAUUGUUUCCUUCAGCCUUCAUAUUUGUAGUUUGCUUGGGGAGCAUCUCGAGAUCGUUUACUGGUGUUGCCAGUGGCGCAACUAGAGCUGCUUUGACACAGCAUUUUGCCCUUCAAAAUAAUGCUGCUGAUAUAUCGGCAAAGGAAGGAAGUCAGGAGACAGUGGCAACAAUGGUUGGAAUGGCAUUGGGGAUGCUCGUAGCACGAUUUACUACAGGAUACCCUUUUGCAAUUUGGUUCUGUUUCCUGUCACUCACUGUUUUCCAUAUGUAUGCAAACUACAGGGCUGUCCGUUGCCUUGCAUUAAACUCGUUGAAUAUGGAAAGGAGUUCAAUACUUUUGCAGCAUUUCAUGAAAACUGGCCACGUUCUCUCUCCUGAACAGGUUUCUAGGAUGGAACAUAUUUUACCCUUAUGGACCGCUCCUCGGAUCUCAAAGGAGGUUAAGCUGCUGCAUAGCCAAGUCCUAUUAGGUGUCAGGGUUUCCUCACUGCAUCACAAGGAAGUGAUGGAUAUAUUACAAUCUUCAGGAUCCUAUUACAGGAAAGCAAAGUACUUGCUACUAGAAGUGGAUGGGAUUAUAAGCAUCAUCGUGCAUAAAGAUGCCACUGCAUCUGAUGUCCUCCAGUCAUUCAUUCAUGCACUUGUUCUGGCAUAUUGUACGGAAGGAACCGCCCCUCAUGUAGAGAGCCAAUCGUGGAUGGAUAAACAGUAUGAGAUGUUCAUUUUAAAGCUAAGCUCAUCAGGAUGGAAAACCGGACGCCUUCUUUGCCCCUCAAUCAUUUGGACUGCAAACUGGAUACAUAGUCCUUUAAAUGAUAAGAUUGAUUAGGCAGCUACCCUUCAUGCAUCAUUGUUUGCAUUGAUCGUGAAGCGAUUCACCACUAACCUCUUCCAUACCAGAAUUCGGGACCAUAUCCUUAGGAUUGUAGACAAUGUUACACCAGAGUAAUGUCAACCUCCCUUGUUCCUUCAAUUUGCAACUUUUGUACUUACAGCAUCUCCAAAUAGAAAGUUAAUUUCUCAGCCUUUUCAAUUACCCCUUUCUCUAUUAUUAGCAACAAAAGUUUACCAUAUAUUGGAUUUGUAGGGAACUUUCGAUUUUCCUACUAUAAUAGACAGCAGUGUGUUACAUACUUCUUCCCAAGAAUAUUGAUUAUCCAUGCAUCAAAGAAUGGUCAUUUUCGAUGGCCGGAAGACGCCAUGAGGAUUCCGACGGCAGCAAUGAACAUGGAAAGCAUAGCCACAAGCAAUAUGUAUGUUCUUCUGGAAGAUUUUCGGUACUCUUUGAAGAUCAGUAUCCCCCAAAAUGUGCUCACAAGUGGUAGUGCCUUAACAGCAUCUGCAGCUGCAUAACCAGCAGCUUGGCCUCCCAUAAACUGCAACCCAUUCCCAAACCCACACAGAAGACCAGCCAGAAAAGCCCAACCUCUGCCGUUCCAGUCGUUGAGAUAUGCCUUUGGUGUCGAUCUAGGAAGGUUCAGAACCGGGCGGUAAAGGAAAAUGACAUUCAGAAUGAUGGCCAGAACAAAGCAAGAGAUGGAGAACCAGAAGAAAGCAGUGUAGACGACCAGCUUAGGAACUCCUUUCUCCAACGCGUGCCAUUGAUCGUUGGUUGCCAAGUUGAAAGCCGGUGAGAAGAGAGAGAAGCAGAAGCCGGCGAAGAAUGUUAUGGCCAAGCCUAUCAUCGUGCUCUUCCCAAAAACCUUGAUGGAUCUUCGGUUUUCAAGUUCUAUAAGGAAAUCUGCUGUUCCAGCUAACGCCUUGUUUCCAGUAUUGCUACCAUUUCCAACAUUUUCACCAUUUUUCCGAUCAGUUGGUAAGCUACUGAGCUUGGCUUUGUUAUCUGCAGAAUUCGAUGAAUGGACAGCUGAACCAAAACAAACAGCAAUGAAGAAGCAAGCCACUCCUGGGAAUAGAAUCUCUGCUCUGUUGAUUUUGUUAUCCAAGAAAUAGUUUAAGGUUGUUCCUAUUACUACAACAAGGCUAGAAGUGAUGACUUCUGUGACAGACAGGCCAACAAAAGCCCAAGCAUACUGUGUGCAGAGAUUGCCAAGGCUGAGAACUAAACCGCCAGCCAUGGCAAAAAGAACUGAAGGCCAAUUAUCUCCCAACUGGAAAUAUGAAAAGAGAGAGAAUUCAAGAGAGAAACCUGCAAACCCCAUGGAAGCAAUCUUCAAAACCCAACAACUAACCUGAGAAAGCUGAGGGAAAAAGUUAGGGCUUUCAUGAGUGCUGCUCCCAAUCUGGCCAAAUGUCAAGGCUAUAAUGAAUGCAGCUAGGAGAUUGGUUAUGGAGUAAUCAAGGUAAGUGUGUUGAGGAAGGCGUCCUCGACGUUCGAGUAGAGUCAAGAUAGCUGGCCAUGUCCCCAAGAAGAAGAGGGACAAGAACAUACAAGCUAUAGCUCCCCCUUUGCUCUCCACCAGAUACAUUUUUCUGACACGCUUCCUCUGUUAGCCUGCAACAAGGUCAAAAGAGAUUCCCUGAUCAAACUCUAACGCAGGAGUUGAAGAUUCCUGAAACAACUUCCUCUGAUGUAAACUGAGUCUGAGAAUUAGUGUUGUGAGGAAUCUGAAAAGGGUUGGCUUUCUUUUGCGGUCUG